GGGGGAGUAAGCCGAACAGAAACGAAAAGAGACUGUGCAAAACAGGCCCCUACCCCUCCUCUCCGGGAAAUGGGUCUCGGUCUGAUGAGUAAGACAAGAAGCCCCUGUAUCGCUGGUGCAUCUGAAGCUACACAGCUAUGGAGGAAAGGGCCCUGUGUCGAGUGAGGGGAGAGUGUGCGUGGCCCCUACAACCUGCGGUCUGUUCGACUCUUCAGCGGAUCAAAUACACAUCCUUACCUUAAUAUCGCUACACUAUAUACAAGCAAACACACACAACUUUACACACACAUAUUCACAUGCGCAUCGACUAAGCUCCACCUCUAUAAGGUUUGUGCUUUCUGCAUCCUUGUAUUGUGGGAGCAGUUACACCAUCCAACCGCAUGGAGGCACUGCAAGGUUCUCCUGAUAGCAGCAGUGAGGAAUGUACUGUACUGGAGGCUCUGCCUGGCAAGGGAACCGGACUAAUUUGCUCUCAACACAAAGGAAAAGUGCCUGUGUUAUACUGUUUGGCAUGUGAGAAUGCUGUGUGCGAGUACUGUAUAAAUGGGGAUCAUGCUGAUCAUCCUACUAAUUCACUGGAAAAUAUUGUAGACCAACAACGUACAGCACUACAGGACAGAGUGGAUGCAGCUAAGAACAGGCUGCCUCAGAUAGGAGAAGCGGUUCAGUGCCUGAGAGAUGUUCUGCUGCAGUUGAACUCUCAAAGGAGCUCUAUAGAGGAAGACAUCCAUUCUUCCUUCAGCGAGCUGCACAAAACCCUCGACACACGCAAGAGCGUCCUGCUCAUGGAGCUGGAAGUCACGUAUGGACUGAAGCAGAAGGUUCUGCAGGCUCAGUUGGAUACUCUUCUGCAGGAGGAAGCUGCCAUUAACCAUAACUGCAGCCUGACCACUGAGGCCUUGGAAGGUGAAAGCAAAGCUGUCAUUCUGCAGACCCAUAAAGAGGUAGGGGAUAGACUCAGUGACCUGACCAGCCAGGGCCUUCCCCUUCAACCAGAGGAGAACGACCAACUGGAUCUCAUGAUGGAGAUCGAAGGACUUCGCAAGUCCAUCCACAACCUAGGAACCAUCGUCACCACCAAUGCCGUGGCCAGUCAGUCCGAGGCAUCUGGAGAAGGUUUAGAGCAGUGCGUUGUAGGCCGACCUGCUUCCGUCCUCAUAACCACAAGGGAUAAGGCCGGAGGGUUGUGUAAGACGGGCAACGCCAUCAUCUCCGCGGAAGUCUUCACACCAGAUGGCAGCGUUGCAGAUGGCGAAAUUGUGGACCUUAAGAAUGGAAGUUAUGAAUACCAAUACACGGUGAAGAAGGAGGGGGAUUUUAGUCUGGCAUUGAGACUUUAUGAUCAGCAUAUCAAAGGCAGCCCCUUCAAAUUAAAAGUCACCAACUCUCCGGAUGACUCGCCACCUACCACCACAGCAGCCAAUGCGGCCUCCACGGGUUCCAGCGAUGGUGGGGCACGGAAGCGGAGCGCUAAGUCUCCAGGGAGCAGAAGCCGACAGAAGGGUGUGAGGCGAGGAGGAAGCUUAUUCAGUACCCCAAAGAAGAGAGUGAACCCGAUUGAGGAUGAUCUCAUUUUUAGAAUAGGAACAAAAGGGAGGAAUAAAGGAGAGUUCACAAACCUCCAAGGAGUAGCAGCUUCUUCAACAGAAAAUAUCCUGAUUGCAGACAGUAACAAUCAGUGUGUGCAGAUAUUUUCAAAUACAGGAGAGUUUCAAAGCCGGUUUGGAGUUCGUGGCCGGUUACCAGGGCAACUGCAAAGGCCCACCGGAGUGGCUGUACAUCCGAAUGGUGACAUCAUCAUUGCUGACUAUGACAAUAAAUGGGUUAGCAUCUUCUCCAGUGAGGGCAAAUACAAGGCAAAGCUGGGCUCAGGCAGGCUAAUGGGCCCAAAAGGUGUAUCUGUGGACCAGAAUGGUCAUGUUAUCGUUGUGGACAACAAGGCCUGCACGGUUUACAUCUUUCAGCCCAGUGGUAAACUCGUAACAAAGUUUGGCAGCAGGGGAAAUGGUGACAGACAGUUUGCAGGCCCACACUUUGCAGCAGUCAACAACAACAAUGAAAUAAUUAUCACAGACUUUCAUAAUCACUCUGUUAAGGUGUUCAAUGCAGAUGGUGAAUUCUUACUUAAAUUUGGCUCAAAUGGUGAAGGCAAUGGCCAGUUCAAUGCUCCUACAGGGGUCGCUGUGGAUGUCAAUGGGAACAUUAUAGUGGCAGACUGGGGAAACAGCCGUAUACAGGUGUUUGAUGGAAGUGGAUCGUUCCUCUCUUACAUCAACACAGCUGCCGACCCUCUCUAUGGACCCCAGGGCCUGGCUCUAACCUCUGACGGCCAUGUUGUGGUGGCUGAUUCGGGGAACCACUGCUUUAAAGUGUAUCGAUAUUUGCAAUGACUUAUGAGUGACUGCUUCAGUAUGGAAAGUUUGUUUGUUGGACAUUGAGGUCAUAAUAUAUGUGUCCAGCUCUUGCACUUCAUUUGAUGUUAUGUUAUUUUCAUCUACAUUUACAAUGGACAAUAUUGUCCCUCCUUGGUUUCUUUUGUUUUUGUUACUGCUUUUGGAUGACUCUCUGAGAAGACUAAAGGCCGAAACAUACUCUACACAAGUAUGUGAAUGCAGAUGCAUCUUGCAAUGCAAGCUCAAUUUCACGUGUCGUUGCCUUGUGAAACGCAAGUCCGCAUUGCAUUCUCAUCAUUGCCACAAGGGGCACUAUAGCGAGAUUAGUGUGAACUGUCCACUUGGGUGAGAAUAUUGCUGAGCAAUUAAGUGUAAGUCAGGACGAGUUCAGAAUGGCAUACAACUAUACUACUCUUUCUAUUUGUUCUAUAGGUAGAUAUGGCAGAAGUAGUUAGAGUAGAUCUCAUAAUCAGUAUAUUUAUAGAAACUUAACUGAAUAAUGACACCUCCAGUUGACGUUUGAUGGUAACUUUAUCCCCCCUUGAGUACUGAGGUUUGUUCCCUGCCACGGUAACGCAAGAAUGCACAUUAAGCAUGUUCAACUCGACUGCACGUUGGCAACGCGGUGGCCAAGCUAUCUCAUCUGCGUUCACGCACUUGCAUGGAGUAUGUUUCGGCCUUAAAGCUUGUUAAUCUACAUUGUAUAUGGGAUGCCUUGGAAUGCCUUUGUCAAGACUCCACACACUGCGUUUUGGAAAUAUUUCAGAAUUGAGACAACUGAAUGCAUUGGUGAGUAUACUAGCUAAAGAUUCAGCUCUUAUGUGCUGCAUGUGUGGACAAUGUGCAUGUGUCAUCCUAUUGAACAGAUCUCAAACACUGUUCAAUUCCUGUAUGUUGUAAAACAGUUCACCCCAAAAAUGAAAAUUCUGUCAUUGUUUAUUCACCCUCUUAUGAUUCCAUUAUCAAUGAAUAAUUGUUAAAAUGCUGGUUUACUUAAGACAAAGCUAUUGUAUGGCUUCCAAAGAGUUGGAAUAUAAUGCACAAGUAGUAUGGACUAUUUUUUAUUUUAUUUUUUUUGGAGCUUGGCAGAUCCAGUCCCCUUUCACUUUCAUUAUGUGGAAAAUAGUGGCCUGGGUCUUCAACAAUUCUCCUUUUAAUUUUUGGGGGAGCUUUUCCUUUAAGACCAUGGUAGGAUGUAAUGAUGACAAAUUAAUUAUUUGAAUGCUAAAUCAACACUUUUCUUAACAUAUUGAUGAGGUUACAAGUUAAAUCAUGCAGUCAAGAGAGCAGACAGCUGAAGCCUUUUAUCUCCCUGUCUCAGGCUCCAAGCUUUAGCAUUUGUCUUCCCAAUUCAACCCUUUCGAUCCCAUUCAUCUUACAGUUAACUAAUACAAGGCCUGGUUAUAAUUCUUACUAAUGUGCUGAUCAUACUCCAUCGGUGUCUGUUUAAUUUAUCCUUGAUUAAAAAAUUCUGUCCAAUAAGUGCAACAACUUAGACAUGACUUACAGUGUGGUAUUUUGGCAUUAAAAGCAAUCCUUCAAUCACAAUCAAACUGUUUGCCCUGCUUAAUGAUGUACUCUGUGUACUGUAUGUGUGUAAGAGACUAACAGUAGAUCACUUAAUGCACUGUUGCCUUGCAUACUUGCAUUAUAGAAAGAAACAAGCAGCAUAUAGCUCUUUAUUUAGAACAUAUUAGGACUCUAUAUUUUCCUUACAAAUACUGUUAAAACUGGAAAUAUCUAUAUAUUUGUGUAAUUAUUUUAAAUAAUGUUUUGAAGAAAAAGGUGUUGAGUGGUCUCUUGUUUGGGUUUAAAAUGCAAACAUUUCAGUUCACUUGUGGCCUGAAGUUAAAAGCAAAUAAUUAAAUCUAGAUUUUUUUUUUUCUUUGCACACAAUUGAUUUUCAACUUGUUAAUCAUUUUCUUGUGCAUCCCAGGAUUCCAUAUAGAGGAAUGAUUCACAUUGUAUUAAUAAUGUAAUACAAAUUCCACCAUAUGACUACCACACCUGGAGUUGCAAGUUUGAAUCCAGGGUGUGCUGAGUGACUCCAGUCAGGCUUCCUAAGCAACCAAUUGGCCCGGUUGCUAGGGUGGGUAGAGUCACGUUGGGUUAACCUCCUCGUGGUCACUAUAAUGUGGUUCUUGCUCUCGGUGGGGCAUGUGAUGAGUUGUGCAUGGAUGCUGCGUAGAAUAGCGUGAAGCCUCCACACGUGAUAGGUCUCUGUGGUAACGCACUCAAGCCACAUGAUAAGAUGCGCGGAUUGACGGUCUUAGACGUGGAGGCAACUGAGAUUCGCCCUCCGCCAAAUGGAUUGAGGCAAGUCAUUAUGCCACCACGAGGACUUAAGUGCUUUGGGAAUUUGGGAGGAAAAAAAUUACGUCAUAACUUAAUAGCAAUAGUAUUUUCAUUAUUAUUACAAAGAAAUGGUCACAUUUAACUUAUUAAAUUGUUUUGAUUUAGUACAGUACAUCUGUACUGUAAAUUGUAUGAUUUGAUGCGUGGCUUUCUUUUUUUUAUAUAAGGAUUGUAUGUAAAGAUUGUUUUGUAUUUAAAAAAAAGAGAGAGAGAGAUUUUAUUUGAAUGUUAAUGUUUUAUGGUCAUGUCCAUACAAAAUCAGCCUUAACAUAUAUUGUCUUUUCUGGAUAAAUUAUUUCAGUAGAAUGUUUUACUUCAUUUAACCCGGUGAUGUAUGCUUGUUUAUGACUUAAAACAGUAAUCUUGCGUAGACUGUGUUUACUUUUUUAUUAUUAUUGCUAUCACUUCAUCAGUGACAUCAUUAUCAUGCUAAUGUGCAGCACAUUAAAAAGUGACUUUAGAGCAGCUUGUUGUCCUUUUUUAAUUUAAACAAUCAGUGCAAAACUAAUACAUUUAAACUCUUUAAGACUCUCUGUUAACCACAAUAUCAAUAAUUUUGUAAAUAGUAAUACAUCUUCAGUAAAAAGGUUACAAAUUAUAUACAGUGGCAAGAAAAUGUAUGUGAACCCUUUGGAAUUACCUGCAUUUAUAUAGUGUUGUCUUAAAAUCUGGUUUGAUCUUUGACUAAGUUACAAUAAUGAACAAACACAAUCUGUUUUAACAAAAAACAAACAAAUAAUUGUAUUGUUCUUGUACAUAUUGAAUACAUCAUUCAAACAUUCACAGUGUAGGUUGGAAAAAGUUUGUGAACCGUUAGGCAAAAUAAAAGGUAAUUGGAGUCAGGAGUUGGCAUACCUGGCAUCAAAUUAAUGAAACGAGACUGGAGGUGUUGGUUAGAGCUACUUUGACUUAUAAAAAAUGCUCAAACAUUUUGAGUUUGCUAUUCACAAGAAGCAUCUGCUGACCAUACCUCGCAAAAAAGAUCUCCGAAAACGUACGAUCAAGAAGUGUUGCUUUGCAUAAAGAGAACACAGCAAAGUUAUCUCGAAGAGCUUAGAUAUUCAUCUGUACACAGUUAGACACAUUUUCUCUAACCGGAGAUGAUUUAGUACUGUGGCUACUCUCUCUAGAGGUGGCUGUCCAGC